GUUCUUUCUUCGGAGUCAUUGCUGGUAACCGGUGACUUCAAUAUCCAUGUCGAUGUUGUUCGGGAUCCUUAUCGUGCGAAAUUUCUUGAGCUACUCGAAACACUGGGUCUGCAACAGCACGUUAUUAAGCCUACUCAUGAGUCUGGGCAUACAUUGAUCAUCUCGCGGCAAUGUGAAAACCUGGUCAAGAAAACGCUUGUAUCUGACUGUCACAUACCCGAUCACUGGACUGUUACUUGCUUGUUAAACCUCGGCAAACCAAGUGUAACUAGGAAGACAGUGACAUUUAAGAAAACUAAGGGCGUUAACCUGGCAGCUCUGUCUAAUGAACUUUCUUUCUCGGAAUUAUCCAGGAAUCCUCCAGACACGCUUAGCGAGCUUGUUGAUCGCUACAAUGCUAAACUUUCGUCUGCUCUUGACGGUCAUGCUCCACUCGUAACCAGGACGUUCCCAUCUCGGCCUCUGCUGCCAUAGUUCAAUGAUGAUAUAAAGGUGACGAGCAGACAAAGGCGCAAGGCGGAGAGGAGAUGGCGCCGCACAGGUCUGGCGGCCGAUUUACGAGCGUUCAAGGAUCUCAGAAACCAAUCAAACACCCUGUUGAAUGUUGCACGGAAGGUGUUUUACAAAGACCUCAUUGACGACAGCAGUGGCGACCGGAAGAAACUUUUCUCGGUAACGAAUAGACUGCUUGGCGUGGAGCGAGAUACUCAAUAUCCUCCUUUUAAGGACAAAGUUGUACUUAAUAAAAUAAUAAGUUUGGUGAUUUUUUCGCUCAGAAGAUUGUGGUCAUACAAAAAAAGCUUGAUAACAUGGCUACGACAGUGUCGCCUGGCAGUGAGAAGUGUUUAGCGGACUCACUUGUUGUGCAACCUAUGGAUAGUUUGAGAGUAUUAAUGAGUCGGAAGUCCAAAAGCUCAUUGAAGCCACGCCUAAGAAAUCCUGCUCGCUUGACCCAAUGCCUACGCCUCUUGUUGUCGGCUGCAUUGAUAUUCCGUUGCCUGUUAUCACCAAGGUCAUUAAUCUCUCUCUACAGACGGGCUCAUUUGCUGAUCAAUGGAAGUGUGCGUUAG